UGGGGGGGGGACACAGCAGCCCUGGGGGGCAGGGGCACCGCAGAAUCCCCCAAAGUAGGUUAUUUGGCCCAAUUUGUGCCAUUUUUGCCCCAUUCCAUCUUUUUUUAAGCCACAGAAGGGGGAAGUUGGAUUUAAGGAAAAAAUCUGGCGCCUGGAGCAGCUCCGGGCCUGGGAAGUGGCUGAAGCCAGGAUUUAAUACCCCAUCCCCCACCCCCCACCCCCCAGGUCCUUAUGCCCCUGCCAAGAGUCACCCCAGACUGAUGCCCUCCUCAUUAGCUCCCGGCAUCCCCAUGGAUCUCCUUGCCGGCAUCGCCUGCGCCUGCACUGGGCUCCUGGCAGCGCUGGCGGCGGCGCUGCUGCUGGUGGCGCAUCGCUUGGGGCUCCUCUACCAGCUCUGGCACAAGGUGGACCCCCGCAGCCCCCGGCACGGUGGGGAGUUGGUGGCGGAGGUGCUGAAGGCACACGGUGUCCGCUUCCUCUUCGCCUUGGCUGGUGGCCACAUCUCCCCCAUCCUGGUGGCCAGCGAGAAGGUGGGCAUCCGUGUGGUGGACACCCGGCAUGAGGCCACCGCCGUCUUUGCUGCCGACGCCGUCUCCAGGCUCUCGGGUCGCAUCGGCGUCGCCGCUGUCACCGCUGGUCCCGGCGUCACCAACACAGUGACGGCCAUCAAGAACGCCCAGAUGGCUGAGUCACCGGUGCUGCUCAUCGGGGGAGCAGCCGCCUCGCUGCAGAAGGGUCGGGGAGCGCUGCAGGACAUCGACCAACUCUCGCUCUUCAGGACACUGUGCAAGGCGUGUGUCACGGCACGUACCGUCCGCGCCAUCGUCCCCACCCUCCGCCGUGCCAUCGCUACCGCGCAGUCGGGGACCCCCGGACCCGUCUUCGUGGAGCUGCCCAUCGACGUGCUCUACCCCUUCCACGUGGUGGAGAAGGAAAUCGGUGGCACCAAAAGCGCCCGGGGGCUGCGGGGGAAGGCGGUGCAGUGGUACCUCCAGAGCUACAUCCGUAACCUCUUCGCGGGAGCCUGGGAACCCCGGGAUGUGACCCCCCUGCCCGUGCGGGUGCCGCUGGCCACCGAGGAUGAGGUGCAGCGCUGCGCGGAACUGGUGAGCCGAGCCACGAGGCCACUGGUGCUGGUGGGCAGCCAGGCCAUGCUGCCGCCCACGCCAGCGGAGGAGCUGUGCGCGGCGCUGGAAGCUCUGGGCAUCCCCUGCUACUUGGGGGGGGCAGCACGGGGGCUUCUCCCCCCUGGCAGCCCCCUCCUCCUGCGCCAGAACCGCCGCGACGCGCUGCGGGACGCCGACAUGGUGCUGCUGGCAGGUGCCGUCUGUGAUUUCCGUCUGUCCUACGGGCGUGUGUUGGGGCGCGGCGCCGCCAUCGUGGCCGUUAACCGGGACCGGGGGCAGCUGCUCCGCAACGCCGACGUCUUCUGGGAGCCCCGGCUCGCGGUGCAAGGCGACGUGGGCUCGUUCGUGGUGCGGCUGGCGCGGAGCCUGCGUGGUUACCGGUGCCCCGAGCCCUGGCUGCAGCGGCUGCGCGAGGCCGAGCAGGAAAAGGAGCAGGCGAAUCGGGAGAAGGCGGCGACCCCCCCCCUGCACCACCUGAACCCCCUGGAGCUGCUGCAGCACCUGGACGCGCUGCUGCCCCCCGAGAGCAUCCUGGUGGCUGACGGGGGGGACUUCGUGGGCACUGCCGCCUACAUCGUCCGUCCCCGACGUCCCCUCUCCUGGCUGGACCCCGGUGUUUUUGGCACGUUGGGAGUCGGUGGCGGCUUCGCGCUGGGUGCCAAGCUCUGCCGUCCCCACGCGGAGGUUUGGGUCCUCUACGGUGACGGUUCGCUGGGUUACAGCUUGAUGGAGUUCGACACCUUCAUGCGGCACAAGACGCCGGUCAUCGCACUGGUGGGCAACGACGCAUGCUGGAGCCAGAUUGCCCGCGAGCAGGUGGCCCUGCUGGGCAGCAACGUGGCGUGUGGCCUCGAGUACCUGGACUACCACGCGGUGGCUGAAGCUCUGGGGGGCAAAGGCUUCCUGGUGGGCCGCCCGGACCGUGAGCGGCUGGACACCGUCCUCCGUGCCGCGCAGGAUGCGUGCCGCCAGGGCCGCCCCGUCCUCGUCAAUGCCCUCAUCGGCAAGACCGACUUCCGCGAUGGCUCCAUCUCCGUCUAGCGAUGCUGUCCCCAGAAUGUCCCCAACAGGUGGGGACAAAGUGGGGGUGGGGUGACACCGGUGCUGUGCACCCAACCCAGGGGACAACCAUGUCCCCACCCGCCCCCCCGGCAAUAAAGCAGCAUCGCUUACCCA